AUGAAGGUGAAUGUCUUCGUUUUCGCCGUGGCUCUACUUGGUGCCUUCCAACCUCGCUAUGAAUGUAGAGCUAUUGAAACCCCCUGGGCGGUCCAUCCAUCCCACAAUCUACAGGCAGAGCUGCAACAGCAACUCCCCAUUCUUCUGCGACUAGGAGAGGAGUACUUAAUUCGGCUAGACAACUCCAAUCAAAAUGCCCUCCAGUCCUCCUCGCCGAACACAUCUCCUGGAGAUGCUGCGCCCUCAACAACGGUCAACAGGGCUUUACAACUUCAGCUCACGCAGCGCCUUCUGCAAGGUAAAGUCGGUGACAUCAAUCGGUUUCUGAACAGCUACGCUAACCAGAUGGGUGAUUCCAUGGAAAGAGGAAAGAGGUCCGGGCCGGGCGAAGAGCCACCGAUCUCUUUGGACCUGACGUUCCACCUGCUGAGGGAAGUUCUAGAAAUGGCUCGAGCCGAGCAAUUAGCACAGCAGGCAAAUAGUAACCGGAAAAUGAUGGACAUAUUCGGGAAAUGA